GACGACGAUGGCAAUGACGAAUAAUAGACCGAGUGCGAUGAUGGUGCAGCCAAAGCCCGUCCGAGCGCAGAAUACUGGAUCUUCGCUCCUAAGCCUGCUGGACGAUGAUGUCGGCAAACCCAAUCUGCUACAAAUGGCCGUACUUCGACCCAUGGUUAUGGACUUGAUCGACCUCUCAGACGACAAUGAGCAGAUGGAUUUUGUGGCACCAAUAUCGUCCUGGACAACGACGGAACCGGGCACACCCGGGUCGAGCUGCGAUAAUUCUUUCCGGAUCAUAAACUUAGAUGAUGAUAUGAUGGGAGAUCGUGAGGACGGUGCGGCAAUGCAGGUUAAUUUGACGCAGCUGAAGAAGGCGAAUCGGAUCCUAGAAGAACAGAAUUUGCAUACAGACAAUUCAGAUUGCGAGGGAGUUAGAGAUGUCGAAGAUUUGAACGUGUCGCUCAUUGUCUUUGAUAGUCGAGUCCAAAACAACAAGGAAGAUGAGUCCCUUCGAAAUGAAAAUGAUCCCAAGGCCGAUAAAACCUCGCAGGACCAGAAGCACCAAGGAGCUGACGACGAGAACGAAGAACAAGGAUUGGUGAUCCAGCGACGACACCUAGAAAAGCUGCUGGAUGAGAUGGUUGGUGGUAAGAACGUGCUACAGGUCUACGCGUCCUUAGACACCCUCGAGAUGCGAUCGAUCCUUAUGGAGCCGGCCAAGGAGGGCGGUGGAGAGACCUACGGUUGGAUGCUUUCCCGGCUGCUGUAUGAAAAGAAGCGGUUUCAGGAAUCUGCAACGGUCAUCUUUGAGUACCUGCAACCAUCUCGUGGAAUUCCGUCCGUACCGAAUUUGUCGUCGACUUUGAAUUUGACGUCCUCAACGUCCGAAGGAUGGGCACAUCCGAUCGCGAUCCGAAGGUAUUUAGGGCUAAAUCGUCUUCCCUCUUCCACCUCCUCCACUAUCUCGUCCUCACCAUCUCCCUCGGCGUCUCCAUCGAAACCAACGGCGGCAAGCAAAACCAAGGCCCCAGUAUACCAACUUCCUCGCGAGACACGCAUCGUUUUCGUGAAUUCAUCCACCCAAUUACCCACCCUCUCGGCCGCGCUUCGUUCAUCAACCAGGGUUGGAAUGGAUACAGAAUGGUUGCCGCACAUUCAAGAAUAUAUGGGUCUACGACCGGCAACCAGGACCGCGAUCUUGCAGUUGUCUUGUGAAUCGGACUCAACGGCUUAUAUUGUGGACACAAUCGCGUUCAAGGAGUCCACAGAUCGGGGGGCAGGGCUCGUGCAAGUGAUCGGCGAGUUUUUGCAUGAUUCGAAGGUCGUUAAGAUAGCGUACGAUUGGGAUGGAGAUCGGGAUCUGCUGGAAGCGACCUUUCCGCUGAUCCACCAACAACCAUAUCGCCCUCAGAGUUUCAUGGACCUGAAGUAUCUCUGGUUUCGUUCACUUGAUGGCCCAACGCCAUCAACGCCGCAAGAGGACAAAUCUCAAAUGGCUUCGUAUCUGCCAUCACCCGUAUCAUCGUCCUCGUCAACGUCGUCAUUAUCGUCGUCCUCAACAUUUUCGUCGUCAUCUUCACCAACGUCUCUACCAUCACCAGCAUUACCAUUACUAAAGAAUGGAAAGGGACAAUGGGCGAACUACCCGGCUGUUCAGGAUAUGUAUCAGCUCACGGGGGGGCUAUCGGGGAUGUUGACGAAACUCUGUGGAUACCGCUUGAACAAGACACAGCAGUGCAGUCAUUGGGAACAGCGGCCUCUCACCCGUGAGCAGGAGAUCUAUGCAGCUGUGGACGCCUGGUGUCUGCUGGAUAUAUAUGCAGUACUGGAAAAGAUGGAGAAGUUGGAAAAGAUAUAACGCCCGAUUGGCUUUGUAAUAUAGUAUAGU